GUGUCAGUACAUUUGUGGAGCCUUGUGCAGCUGUGCCAUGGGUGCAGGUGUCACCUCUGGGACUGCUCCAGAUGUGGCCAGGGCUGCACUUCUCUUCUGCAGCUGCCACAGGGGAAAUCUCUUAUUUCCAAAACUGGGGUGAUCCAUGUGAGAGAAGAGGGCAGGCAAGUGGGUGAUUCUGGGUGUCAGCUGGGUGCACAGUGAUUGGUAUGAUGAAUGAGCUGUGGAUGUUGGAUUUUAGUUUCCCAAACGGGGCAGUACUGGCUGCUGGCCUGCUGGGGGGCACGGGCUGGGUCGGGUUGUAAAUCCAAGAGGGGGACAGGAGGAGCUUAUAUUUAUUCACUGGUCCGUUCCUGGCAGGGCAGGUGGGUGCCAAGGGAAGGUGGGGCGAUGAUGGGGGUGAUGAUGAGGUACUGGGCGGGCCCGACCAUCCGCCGCCCCGGGACUGCGCUCGGAGGGGCCGGGGCGGGGCGAGGCAGCGAAACGAAAGCGAAAGGGGAGAGCGGAUGCGGGGUCUGCGGUAGCAGGGACCGAGCAGGGAGAGCGGCCCCGGCGGUCAGGGCUGCCCUCGGGCCCGGGGCUCCGCUCGGUGCGGCCGCGGGAUGGAUUCGGAGGAGAACUCCUUCGUCCGGCUGCCCCUCAGUGAGGCCCCGCAGGAUGAUGGCUCGGAGAGCCCCGAACGGCUCCGGGAAGAGAUCGAGCGGUGCAAGGAGCUUUACCAUGCUCUGGAGCAAGACCAUAUAAACCUACAAAUGGCCAAGGAAGCUGCAGAGCAAAGGACACAAGAGCUGAAAAGAGAAGAAGAACUUCAUAAAGUUUUGGUGCAACAACUGACUUUACAUGGAGAUGAAGAAAGAGCCCACCAGAUUUUUACAAUAAAGGAGGAGAAUAACAGGCUGAUGCAGGAGAAGCAGAUUCUGAAAAAUAAACUGGAAGAACUGAAGAACAAGGCCCUCUGGAAUAAUCCUAUGAUGAUGUCGUCUUCCUUGCCGGAAAAGAAAGUGAUCUUUAAGGGACUCACAGCAAAUAAGGAGGACAUGAACAAGCUGAUGCUCACCCCACUGAUCCACUACCCUCUGCCGGGGGGUUCAGCUCUCAUCACCUUUGAGGAGGCAAAGGUGGCCCAGAGGAUCAUAGAGAUGAGGGAGCACACGGUGGAGCUGAGCUGUGGGGAGCUGGAGGAGCUUGACCAGUGCAGAAUGCGAGUGCAGGCAGUGCCCAUGGAGCUCCCGCUGCCAUCUGCCCUGGAGAUCAGGCUGACUCCGAGCCAGAGGAGCAUCCUUUUGUCUGCCUUGCCCAGCCUGGACAUCACCAGGGAGGCACUGCUGGACAAGCUGGAGCUCUUCUUCAGCAAGAAAAAGAAUGGGGGCAGUGAGGUGGAGAGCAGGGAGUUCCUGGAGGACUCUGACCAGGUGGUGAUGACCUUCACACAGGAUGGAGUGGCAGAGCCGCUGAUUGAAAAAGGACACAUCCAAGUGCCCAUUGGGAAAGGGAAAUACAAAGUCAAAAUCUCACCGUGCAUGAGCGGAGACAUCUCUAACCUGCAGCUGCAGCCCUCCCGCUGCCCCAGGACCGUGCUGCUGCUGGGCAUCCCCGAUGUGCUGAGUGAGGAGUCCAUGAGGGACGCCCUGGAGAUCCAUUUCCAGAAGGCCAGCCGCGGCGGCGGGGAGGUGGAUGCCCUCGCCUACGUCCCGGCGGGGCGGACGGGGCUGGCCGUGUUCGUGGAGGACAUGGGCUAGUGCUGGCCGGCUGCAGGCCAGAGCUGGCCAGCCCAGUCAGCCUUACACGAGGAGCUCCGUGCGGCCGUUGGGCACGGGGGAAAUUAAAGCGUCUGUUGGCAGCA